AUGGAUUAAGGUGAUGAAAAUCCAAAAUAUUAGUAACCUCAUGAAUAGAGAAUAAAUUCUUAAAUGAAAAAACCUGUCAAACUAAGCUAAUUAAUUAUGAAGAAAUAUUCAGAAUAAAUUGGAUAACAUACUCAAUCUGCUAUGCCAAUAUUGUCAUGGUAAUAUAUUAUAUUUUACAAUAUAGGUGGCAAUAAUUAAAUAUGGAUGACUUUUCAUUGAAAGAUAAGAAUCUAUAAGAGUGGAAUAUAGAGAAUUAUUUUAGACAUACAUUUAUUUAUAUUAAUGAGUUAUCAAAAUCAUUCUUAAAAGUUUCCUUUUGAUAAUUUAGGCCUGUAAGGGUAACAGCAAGUACCAAUGUUUUAGUAGGUUUACUACUCUUAACAACAUUAAUUAUAUGGAUUUGAAUAAUAACAAUUCUCAUCAUUGAAUUAUAAUGGAUAUGGCUAUUAUGUCUCGCCUCAAAGUAAUAAAGUUUAAUGUAUGUUCAGUGCCAUAAUAUCAUAUUUCUCCUCAACAACUAACACCUCUUGAUAGUAUAAGCAGUAAUAGUAUUAGUUUGAAUGGUAAUUGAAUUUUUGUAUUAUGUAUAAUCAGAUGAAGGAAUAAAAAAGAAAAAGAAAAAUAAGUCUAAUAAAUCUAAGAAGGAUAAAAAGAAGAAAAGGAAGAAAGGUUGUUAUUUUUAUUAUUGAAAGCCAGUAAUAGUAGUUCUUCUUUUAGUAGUAGUGAUUCUAGUAUGAGAAGUAGCAGGAGCGAUAGUCAGUAUGAAAAUAAAAAUAAAUCUUUUAUAGAAUAAAGAAAAAAACUACUUCCUUUUUACAUAAUGAGGAUAAUUGGAAAUGCAAGUAUUGUUAUAAUAUUAAUUUCCGUCAUCGUGGAGAAUGCAACAGAUGCAGAAAGAGUAGAGAUUAAGCUGUAAGAAUAUUAUUAUAAAAUCUUUCUUAGGAUAGCAGAGUAAAAAGGUUUAUUCCAAACCCUAAUGAUUGGAAAUGUAAUAUUUGUGGAAAUUUCAAUUUUGCUAGAAGAAGGAGAUGUAAUAGAUGUAAAACAGAAAAAUCAUAAGCAACUCUAUCUUAACAUUCCGAAUGA